AAUAAAGCCUAGCAACGCUCGACGCGAUUAAGAGUCUAUCGGGUGGUUUAACAUAUGGAAUAAAGUUUUGAUUUAAACAGGGACCAAAAUGACGUCCCUGGAACUUUUCCGCAAAUCGGACCAUGUGCCUAAACUGCCGAAGGAGUGGGGCACAGGGAAAUAUAAGGAAGAUGAUGAUUUGUUUCUUCCCAAGGCUCCGACAUGGCAAUAUAGUGGGCAGCCGAAUGAGCAGUUCUACAGACUCACCCAGCUGAAGCUCAGCAAUGUACGCAGCAACGAUGAACUAGUACCUGAUCCCCACGAGAGCGCAAUGGGCCCUAUCAUGGUCAACAAGACCUUCCCGUCGGAGCACCCGUACUCCUCCCAUAUGCCCCGUGCUGCCCUCUUCCCGCGCUUUGACAGCGACAUGGAUCCAAAAAGGGGCGUGGCCGCGAGAGGAGAGAAACCAAUCAGCCAUGAAAUGCCGGCGAAAGCGUAUGAUGUACAGAUCGUUCACAAAACAAAAGGUUUUGGUGAUCGACGGGAAAUCCAGUCAUUGCCGAAAAAUUCCGAAAAGGAAGGUCUGGAAUGGGUUGGGGAGCAUGGCUUUAACCAGAAAGUAAAGGUGCACAACGGGAGGCAAGAUUUCUACCCAAUCCCACCCAAAAUUGUGGCGCCAAAUCUACAGUCACGUGAGGGUGACAUGAAAGUCAGCGUCCGCACCGCGACAGCCAUGCGUAAUGUCGAGCGGGACCAAUGGCAGACGACCUACGACAGACAACACACUGGCCUCGGUCCGGCCAAUCCAAACAAGCUGGACAAUCAUGGCGACAAGACCAAUUUCUACAGCGCAACUGGCAUCACAGACGAUAACAUAUAUCCUCGAUCGAUCAACACAUUUGAUCCACCGCGGCCCUUUGAUGGUAGAAUAUCCAAAAUGUUAAUACCCAAACCACCACAGUUGAAGACAGCUGCAGCGGCGAACGCGCCUGAAAACCCUAAUUAUAUCAGAAUGAAGACUCUCAGUGAACGAGAAGAGCAUAGACUACUCAAUGGUAAAGAGUACGCCAGUUUCCCGGACGAUAUCGCUGAGAAGGAAAAGGAGAGGUGGCGGGAAUUGGAGAAAGUUGCGCACGCAGACCCGAAUUUGAAACACCUUUCAGACAGCAAAGGCAUUCCUGAGAGAGUCCCAUACAUACCAGCAGGUCGCCCAGGUGGUCCACAGGCAACUUAUUUGGAAUCUACAAAGCGAGACCAAGACAAGAACUUCCAAGAAAUGGAGGCACAGAACAGAUGGAAAGUUCUCGAAGCCCACUCACCCGGGCAUGACGUCACUGCCCUUAACAACAAGAUGGCUCUCUCUGGCAAGACAGAGCGGCCAACGACAUUUUACGGUCAUGAGGGUAAAUACAACGAAGAAAGGGCUGGUCUUUAUAAAACCAGUUACUCACCCGAAAGACUUGCUUACAACAUGAAUGCGUUGGAUGUAAGUGGGCCAGAAAUUAUGAAUACGAGGACUUCUCAUAUGGAUGCUCUGAAUCUACCAACGAAACUUAAUCAAGAUAUGAGGGAUGCAUUUCGAUACAGUAGAACAUUUAAUUACACUCAGCCAAAUUUGGCUGGUGACCGGCGUGAACCAAUCGAACACUCGAUCCAGCAUAAUGACUUAAAAGAGUUUCAGAAGUCUAUUCUUCAACCAAAUGUGCAAACUGCUAGAGUUAAAGUUCAAGAGGGUGAAACAAUCUUAAAAGACAGUACAAUGGGAGGUAGUUACAACACAAGAAAGUUUCUACAAGAACAGGAGAUUGGGAAAUUUUCAAGGUACGAACCGAACAUAGUCAUGUCAGCUGAAAAUCAAAAUCUUCACAAUGUACGAAAAGCAAGUUCUACAAAACAAAAGAACGUCAAGUUUUCGGAUAAUGUUAUGGUUGCAAAGAGCCUAGAUAGCGGUAUAUUGCGUCUAAGCAGUGCUCCUACCAGAGGGUCUCCAAGAAUGGUUACCACAACCAAAGAGCUUCUUGCCUCUGAUCCUGGUCCAAAACCACCCACCGAUCCGAUAGCAACGACCCAGUAUUCCAGCGUACAAGCCCUCUAUCACCCCGAAAACGACAAGGAGCCUGAAGAAAAAGAAGAAAAUGAACAAGACGGCAUGCCAUACGAUCCAAACAAUUUGCCGAGGAUAAAAUUCACCAAUAUUGAAACUCAAUUAUCAAAUGAAACGAAAAAUGGAGAAACACCAUUCAUCGCCUACAGUAGUACUCUUCAAAAGAAGCCAUGUUCAAGCGAACCGAGCUCAGAGUACAGAAACGAAUUUAGUAGUAAGGGAACAAACUUCAUUCCCUCCAAUCUUCAACACUCUUUGUCUUUCGAGUCGGCCUACAAAGCGCAAUUCCCUGUACACCGUAUAGGCUAUAAAGAUGAUAGAUUCAGUUGGCAGCCUGGCCACGGGACGCCAAGACCACAGACAAGUUUGCUGGAUAUUCAAAACAGUUUUGAAAAGACUGCAGUGCGAAGGAAUUUCCUCGGACACUUCAGCGAAUCCAAUCCAGACCUCCGACAAAACAUAACGAGGGGAAAGAAACACAACUUCUGGGGCAUAAAUGGACAGUUAAUUCAUGGAUAAACUGUUCACAAUCAGUUACCGGCGGUUUUAACGAGAAAACUAAAAGGUGAUAGUAGCAAACUUGUAAGCCAGCCUGCCAGUUUACUCUCUAACAGUAUUAUGAUUAUUGUUAUCGCUUAUUCCGUAUAGAUGGUGCCGCAUGUAUGAUUCUAAUGUGAGUGACUAUUUUGCGUGAAAGAAUGAUAGGCGCAAUCGAUUUUUUUCGAAUAUUUCGUUGAAUGUAAUUUCAUAAAGAAGUAUAACCGUCACCAGAACGGUAUGAACGUAUGGAAUAAGGUUCUCUAAUUAAGUUAUUCCUUUGAACGCAGAAGAAAGGUCUCAAUAAAGAGUUCUGUUGUUUUGUUAUGGAGCUUUUAAUGAAACUGUUUCAUUAAAUAUCAAAAUGUCUGUGAUAAUAUUCUUUAUUUGAAAAUGCUUCUUAUAUUGUUUUGUUCACAUAUUUUUAUAAACCGUUAUAUUUUGUUUAAGUAUUAUUUUACAAAUUUAUAUGUUUACUUGUGAUACCGUACGUGUUAUGUUUGUUGAUAAUUAUUUAAACGUUUUUCACAUUCCAUUUGUUCUGCCAAAGUGCAUAUGAGUGCUUGAGCAAUAUCAUGAGACAGGUGUCUGCGAUCUAAGUUCAGGUUUACCACAACCUCAAAAACCUUCGAAUAAUUAUGUCUGAAAUAUCUGUGCCUAAUUCAAAAACCAUCUCACAGACCUUAACUUAAUUUCAAGCUUAGAAUCCAAGUGUUUUGAUUGGACAAUAAAAAUAACUGACCAAUGGACUUAUUGGACUUAUUGAAAUCAGUGAGGCGUAUCAAUGAACAAUCUCAUUCAAAUCAGAUUCCCAAUACACUCUACACGACGUUACGCUUUACGAUGUGCAUGACGUUACAAUAUGAAGUGAACGUUACCAUAUGAGUUUAAUGAGAUUGGUCUAAGAAUUAUAUUGAAUAUGGUCACUAGUAUUUCGUGACACCAAUAUUUGUUGAAACCUUACUUGUUUCCCUGCUUCAAUCCUUAUUAUUUUUUCAUCUACUUCCUCUCGUGUGAACUCAGUAUUGUUUGUUCUACCUAUUAUUGUGUUUCGGUUUUGCUCAAUAAAAACUCAAA